GGCUACGCUAAGGCGCAGUAGCUGCCAGUGCCGCUGUCAUGGCGUCGGAGGCGCUGGGUGAGGAGAACCCACCGCGGUCUCUUUAGAAGCGAGGGGCGGGCGGCUGGGUAUGGAGAGCGGCCCCGAGAGCCUGCAACCGCUAGAGCACGGGGUGGCCACCGGGCCAGCGCCAGAGACAGCUUCUGCGCAGGAAGGGCGACAGGAGACCGGGCUCGCUGCUGGGGAUGGUCCCGAAGUAUGGGCGGCGGAGAGCAGCGGCGGGAAUGGGCAGGGGGCGGCGGCCGCCGGGAGGAGCCUCCCGGACACGGUUUCUCCCGCCAGCUCUUCUCAGGUUCCCGGACCCUGCAGCUCUGUCCGGGGCUUGGACUUGCAAGAGAGCGAUUUGGAGAGUCCUGCUGCCCAGAAGGUGCCUCUGAGAGGGCAGCACAAGGUGACCGCCUCCCCGGAGACAGCCGAGGCCGGAGCGGGCCAGGGGUUGGGUCCUGCCGGAGACUCGGGCGCCUGGCCUGACCCCGCAGGCACCUGCCAGCCAGAGGUAGCGGCCUCGGGCUCCGAGGAGCCCAGCAGCGCCGGCGGCCUCAGCAGCAGUUGCAGCGACCCGAGCCCUGCCGGGGAAUCGCCGAGCCUGGACUCCUUGGAGUCGUUCUCUAACCUCCAUUCUUUCCCCAGUAGCUCCGAGUUCAAUAGUGAGGAGGGAGCUGAGAGCAGGGUCCCGGAGGAGGAGGAGGAAGAAGAGGAGGGGGAGGAGGGCGCCGCGGCGGUGUUGCCCGGGGCUGUGCCCCUGUGCAGAGGGGAGGAGGAGGAGGAGGAGGAGGGGGAGGCAGCUCAGGUGCUCGCGGCCUCCAAGGAACGCUUCCCGGGACAAUCUGUCUAUCACAUCAAGUGGAUCCAGUGGAAGGAAGAGCACACACCCAUCAUCACCCAGAAUGAGAACGGACCCUGCCCUUUGCUGGCCAUCCUCAAUGUUUUGCUUCUGGCCUGGAAGGUUAAACUUCCACCGAUGAUGGAAAUCAUAACUGCUGAACAGCUGAUGGAAUAUUUAGGAGAUUACAUGCUUGAUGCAAAGCCAAAAGAAAUUUCAGAAAUUCAACGUUUAAAUUAUGAACAGAAUAUGAGUGAUGCUAUGGCAGUCUUGCACAAACUACAGACAGGCUUGGAUGUAAAUGUGAAAUUCACUGGUGUUCGAGUGUUUGAAUAUACACCAGAAUGCAUAGUAUUUGAUCUUCUUGAUAUUCCUUUAUACCAUGGGUGGUUAGUGGACCCUCAGAUGGAUGACAUUGUAAAAGCUGUUGGUAACUGCAGCUACAACCAACUAGUGGAGAAGAUCAUCUCUUGUAAGCAGUCAGACAAUAGUGAGCUGGUUAGUGAAGGCUUUGUAGCUGAGCAGUUUCUAAAUAACACAGCCACUCAAUUGACAUACCAUGGAUUAUGUGAACUAACUUCAACGGUCCAGGAAGGAGAACUUUGUGUGUUCUUUCGGAAUAAUCAUUUUAGCACCAUGACCAAAUACAAGGGUCUACUGUAUUUGCUGGUAACAGACCAGGGGUUUCUUACUGAAGAAAAAGUUGUUUGGGAAAGCCUUCACAAUGUUGAUGGUGAUGGAAAUUUCUGUGACUCAGAUUUUCAUCUGCGGCCUCCUUCAGAUCCUGAAACUGUAUACAGAGGACAACAAGAUCAGAUAGAUCAGGACUAUCUUAUGGCAUUAUCUCUACAACAAGAACAGCAGAGCCAAGAGAUCACUUGGGAACAAGCACCUGAAGGAAUCAGUGAUUUGGAACUUGCAAAGAAACUCCAAGAAGAAGAGGACAGACGGGCUUCUCAAUAUUACCAGGAGCAGGAACAAGCAGCAGCAGCGGCAGCAGCUGCUGCUGCUGCUUCUACUACUUCUGCUUCUGCUUCUACCCAGGCUCAGCACUGCUGACGCUAUUGGGAAACAUGAAGAAUUGAGGUUCUUCUUCUCGGGAGACCCUGUAAAACAAAGUGACAUUUAAAGUAGACGCCUUCCUGGACAAAACAGAUUGCUAAAUAGAGAGAAUGGAGUCUGACAAACUGCAGGACCCGGGUAAAUCUAACUUUAAAGACCGAUCUAGAUUUUAAAUCAUGCAUAUAUCUUUCUUAAUCCUCAUGGGUUUUAUUUUGUUUUAAUCCUUAUGUUUCUGCUGUUAAGAAAUUAGAGUUUAAUAAAUUGAUAUGCAUAUAUUUUUAUAUGGAGGGUUCUAGUUUCUAAUUUCUAUCUCAAAAGUAUUAAACUCAAAAACAGGGUAAAAGUCUUCAACUACUGCCACAAGUUCAGUUUCACACUAUUGUUCUAAGAAAGGAGGACAUUUGACUUAUCUGCCUAUAACAUGUGCUGUUUUUUUAGGACAUGGUACUAUCCCAAAUCAGGUGUUGAAAUACCAUGGCAAAAACACAAAACCUAAGCUUUAAACCACAGUAGAUUAAAGAACAAAGAAUUGUAUUAUUUUUCUAAAAAAAGUAUUUCGUCAGAUAUUAAUUCUAAGAAUUUCUUUAAAUCAUAUAGUAAUUUGUCACCAAUACCUUUGAAAACUUUAUAUUCAUCCUCCCUGUAAUAGCCUGCUUUGAGAGGAAGGAAUGCCUCUUGGAUUAGAAAAUGCACAAAGCAAAAUUAUGAAGGCGAUCCUGGCUUUAGUAGGUACAGUUUUAAAUAGGAAGUCAGGAAACUAAAUUAUCCACUUAAAUUCCCAAAUCAGAAACCUGUCAAAAUGAACAUUAUAGCAAAUGCCCAACCGAGCAGUUCUGACUAAUGCGAUGUAUUUUAAGACUAAAAUUGACAAUCUUUGAAGAGAUGUCCUGUGUGUCUCCCAAUUUUGUCAGUUUUUAUUGUUCCUUUUUAUACCUUCAUUCUACGAAAUAAUCAUUUUUCCAGGGUACAUAGGAUAUCUGUUUUACAGAUUUUUAAAGAUGAGGAUUUGAAAAGCUUCCAAUGUUUUUUUGUUAAAAGGCUCUAUCUUCCUCAACAAAAUGACAACUCUUGUUUUCAGAUCUGCACAUCAGAGGUAAGACAAUGUGAUAGAAGUUGGAUAUAUGAUAGCUACACAACAGUCAGCAAAAGGGAUAACCUUCACUUGGGAAGCUUCAGAGGAAUCCUGAAAGUUAUUUCCUAAAGUUAGUGCAUGCAAGUCUUUCUCCGUGACUUGUGCAGAAUAAUUGAAUUGUGGCACAGAUUUGGGGGAAUAGCAAGUGAAAUGGUAUAAAGAUUGCAGAGAAAGUGAUCUUGAAAUAUAGCAAGAAGAAGAAACCAGUCUUUUCCCCUCUACUUUACUGUGGGACUAUUCGGGUCAAGAAGUUGCUAUGACAGAGAUCAAGACUGGCCAAUUGAAACAGUUCUUAAAGAGUUUAAAUAGACUAUGUAUGAUGCCUAUUUUUUCCUCCUUUCUUUUACUGUCAUAAUGCCCUUAUUACUUCUAAAAUAAUUCAUCUGUUUUGCUUUAUGACCAGCUUUAAACCCAUUUAAGAAUAAUAGCCACCCUAGAGCUGAUAGGAAAGAGCAUUGAAAUACAUUCUAAUUAUGCUAAAACUAUUUAAUUCUAAAAAUUGUAUCUUAAGUUUUAAAAGUUUCACUUGGAGGAAAUUUCUAGAAAAGGCAUAUUGAACAUAGAUGGGAAAGUAUAAAAUAUUUCUGAUAGGAUUAUUCAGUAUUAUUCAACAUGUAAUUUCAUGUUCGUUGCUGUACCACAAAGAUGGUGUCAUUCUUGGAUUAAAAUGUUGGAUUUCUUGUUAAUAUGCUUAAAAUUGUAACCAGUGAUAACACCAUUAGCAUUUUUUAUUAUAGAUUAUAUUUUAUUUCAAUAAACUUUGAUAUUUAGACCAA